GGGGAGGAGCAGGAAGUGGCGGUACGAGGGCUGCUGCACAGCUAGCAGAGCCGUGGUCCGGACGGCAGCGCGUGCCCCGAGCUCUCCGCCUCCCCCCGCCCGCCAGCCCGAGUCCAGCCCGCGGCCUCAGCAGCACCACCGAGAGCCGUCCCAGUAGCAGCGCCAUGGCCGGGUGGAACGCCUACAUCGACAACCUCAUGGCGGACGGGACCUGUCAGGACGCAGCCAUCGUGGGCUAUAAGGACUCGCCCUCCGUCUGGGCCGCCGUGCCCGGGAAAACCUUCGUUAACAUCACGCCAGCUGAGGUUGGUGUCCUGGUUGGCAAGGACCGGUCAAGUUUUUUCGUGAAUGGGCUGACACUUGGGGGCCAGAAAUGCUCUGUGAUUCGGGACUCGCUGCUGCAGGAUGGGGAAUUUACCAUGGAUCUUCGCACCAAGAGCACCGGUGGAGCCCCCACCUUCAACCUCACUGUCACCAUGACUGCCAAGACGCUAGUCCUGUUGAUGGGCAAAGAAGGUGUCCAUGGUGGUUUGAUCAACAAGAAAUGUUAUGAAAUGGCCUCCCACCUGCGGCGUUCCCAGUACUGACCUCGUCCAUCCCUUCCCCCCACCAUUCCCCACGGCUUUUGCACCCCUCUCCUUCCCAUACACACACAUACACCAUUUUUAUUUUGGGGGCCAUUACCCCACAUCCCUUAUUGCUGCCAAAACCACAUGGGGCGGGGGCUGGGGCUGGAUGUAUAGACACCUCCUCCUACCCAUACCCCUCCUGUGUGUGGUUGGAAAACUUGUUUUUUGGGUUUUGUUUUUUGUUUUUGUUUUUGUUUUUUUUCUGAAUAAAAAAGAUUCUGCUAACAAA